GAACAUGCAAAACCAACGGAUGAGCAGAACCUGGUGGACGAAGAAGAAGAUGAAGAAGAAGGCGAUGAUAAAACUGAAGACAUUUCAGGAAUGGAGAAACUGAAGUCCGCACUGAAAUUCUUUUUAGAGAGUUCAUCUAAACGGUCUUCACAAAAUUCGCAAUUGGCUCAGGCUGUUGGUCCAGCACAAACAGGAAGCCACUCUCAGCAGGCCUGUGUUGAUCCAGUUCAGGCGCACAGUCAUUCUGGCGAAACAGUUGCUAGCAUUCCUCGAAUAGUGUUGGACCCAGAGACAAAGGUCAUUGGUACUUCUCAAAUGAUGAAUCAAUCUAUGGAAGCGAGGGUUGGCGCCAUUCCGCUAAUAAACCCAAACGUAGGAAUGGAGUACAAAGUGGUGGAGGAGGGACCAAAGACUGCGAGGCCAGUUUUACGUUCCACUCAAUUAUCAAGUAGGAUAUUUGUUCCAGAGGCUCUGCCACAAAACUCUUCACAGAAGUGGGAGGCGCCACCGUCAGAGAGCGGCACAUUGUCACAUGCAGAGCCACUAAAAUGGUCGUCAAAGCCUUACUUGAAAACGCAAAGCAUACAACCCAUUAGUUCAACGGAAACGACUCAGGAGGAGGAAACAAGAACGCCACCGUACAAGCGCAAAGGCGGCAGCAGCACCUCACAAGGCUCGCUAUGGUACGUCGAAGAAGAAAGGAAAUUCGUUUUCCAAGGCCAGUUCCCGAACACUCAUUUGCAAGAAGUUGUAGAAUACGGUCAUGCAGCUUAG